AUGGGCGACACGACGGCGCCGAACACGGAUGGCGCCCCGGAGGGCACCGGCACCGUGUCGCAGGCCAAGCCCGCCUCGCAGAUGGACACUGCGACGACGACGGAGGAGCGGCCGCAGUUCGACUCAACCCUCCACUACCUGAUGACGGCCAUCGGGUACGCCGUCGGCCUCGGCAAUCUGUGGCGCUUCCCGCGCGUCGCCUGGGAGAACGGGGGUGGCGCGUUUCUGAUCCCCUACUUCACGUGCCUCGUCUUCUUCGGCAUGCCGUUGUUCUAUUUCGAGUCGUUCAUCGGCCAGUUCACCCAGUCCGGCGCCAACAAGGUCUUCUUCCGCUACAUGCCCGCCUUUCAAGGGAUCGGCUGGGCGAUGGCGCUGCUCAGCCAGCAGGUGAACAUCUACUACCCGAUCAUCGUCGGCUGGUCCCUCGUCUACAUCCAAAGCAUCUUGAGCGGCAACGUCGACAAGUGGACGACAUGCGAUAACCCGUGGAAUACUGUCGACUGUGUGUCCCCGUUCGAAACAGCCAGGCUUUGUAAAGACGAGGAACGUAUUAGGCAAGAAGGCGGGGCGGUGAUGUACAAGGGAAACUGCGAAUACGGCAACGCUACCAAACUCCAGGCCAUCCGCGAGAAAAUCCAGAUCCCAACGUCCGAAUUUUUUGAACGCUACGUGCUGCAACGCUCCGAGGGCAUCUUCAGCUUUGCCGGCCCGAGUUGGACAGGGACAAAGGAAUAUGAGGAGAUACCCAGGGAACCGUCGAUGAUGAACUGGCAGCUGCUUUUCUCGAUGGCCUUCCUGUGGGGCGUCUCGUUUCUGAUACUGUGGAAGGGUGUGAAGAGUAUGGGAAAGGCCUCCUUCAUCACGACGCCGGUGCCGUACCUUAUCGUUGGCGCCUUCUUCAUCCGUAGCCUCUUCCUUGAUGGCAUGGAGAUUGGCCUGUACGCGUAUCUGGUCCCCAAUUUCGACAAGCUGGCCGACCUCUCGACAUGGCGCGCCGCCCUCUACCAGUGCUGCAUGAGCCUGACGGUCGGCUACGGCGGCCUGCACACGAUGGCCUCCUACAACCGCCCGGAUCACAACUCUUUUCGGGACGCUUGGAUUGUGGUGCUGGCCGACUCGUUGAUGUCGAUCAUCGGCGGCUCGGCGGUCUAUGCGACGCUCGGUCAUUUGUCCUACGCGACCCAGAUACCGCUCGACCAGCUCGACGUCACCGGCAAGUUCGAGGCGAGGUGC